GAUGGCGCUGAGCAGCAUUAGAAAUUCAGAAUGGCGUCGGCAGAUCUUCCUAACGAUGUUAGCGUUUUCCUGCAUUCCAUGUACAAUAGAGACCCGAAAAAACGUAAAGUCAAGCCUGUUGAGAGUCAUCUACUGCAGGUGAAUUUUGGUGGCUUAGAUGACAGCGAAGAAGACAGUGAUUUCGACUGCAAUCUGAAAGAAAGUUCAGAUGAUGAGGAUGAUAAAGAUGACAGUGAUCGUGAAUCCAAAGAAGUGGAGGACGAAGAGUCAGAGGAAGGUAAGGUCGCUGAAGAGGAAGAUGAUGACAUCACGAGUGGAUCGUCUACCAUGAAGGACAUAUCAAUAUCAGAGCUGCUAGAAAAGGCCAAGGAGAGGCAGCAGCAUGCUCGUGUCAGGAUUGCGAGCGGAGAAGCGAGGGGAGGAACGCACCUGGAUGUGAGGAUCUGCGCUGUAUGUUUAGGUGACAUUAGCGAGCCGUCGGACGAGAUCGUCGAGUGUGACCGCUGCGGCGUGUCCGUGCACGAGGGAUGCUACGGCAUCUCGGACGCGGACUCGGAGGCCAGCACGGCUUCGUCCAGCUCCACGGAGCCGUGGUUCUGCGACGCGUGCCGCGCCGGCGCCACCAACCCGAGCUGUGAACUGUGUCCAAACUUGGGCGGACUAUUUAAGGAGACCGACACAAGAAAGUGGGUGCAUCUCGUUUGUGCCCUGUACGUGCAGGGCAUUGCCUUCGGAGACGUCGACAAGCUCACACGAAUCACCCUCUACGAGAUGCCUUACUCCCGAUUUGGUCAGCGGGAGUGCGGACUCUGUGAGGAUGAGAAGCUGAAUCGUUGCGGCGUCUGCAUCCGAUGCGACGCUGGCAUGUGCCGUAACUACUUCCACGUGACGUGCGCGCAGCGACACGGCCUGCUGUCCGAGGCGCUGCCUUACGAGGAGAUCGCCGACCCGUUCUACGCGUACUGCAAGCUGCACGCCGACCGAUCGAUAACGGCGAGCAAGCGCAGGAACUGGCUCGCGCUGCGCUCGCAGACGAAGAAGCGGACCCUGCGGGAGAAGCUGGAGGACAUGACGACACCCGAGCAGAAACGCUUCCACCGCAAGCUGCACAGGGCGUCAGAGAAGUACAAGAAGUACACGACGACGUGGCCGCCGUGCUGGAUACCCACGCAGAAGCUGCCGCGCCUGCUCACGACGUGUCCCUCCGCGUUUCGCAGGCUUCUGAAGAAGGCGGAGCUGCUGGGAAUCGACAGCGAGUCAUCGCAGUUGCAGCAGGUGCGUGAUGAUCAGUUGAUUGACAUUAAGAAGAAGUGGCACAUCGCUCCUUCGUUCACCGCACAAUUUGUCAACUACUACUACGACCGCAACGAGCGAAUAAACUCGAUGAGGAAGCGUCAGGUGGAGCUGAUCGUGCAGAACGAAUCUCUUCUCGACCAGCAGAGGUCUCUGAUGUCACAGUAUCACCAGGUGAAGGGUGAGUUUGAUAAACAGAAGGAGGCGAAUACCAAACUACGGGACGAUGGUGAUCGCUGGCACCUCAUCAUGUGCGCCUUGGCAGGAAAGACGCUAGAGGUUCCCAGUGUACUGAAGGUCGUGAGAUCUCCCAAGGUGGAGAAGAGGGCGGUGGCUCCACCUGCUGUACUAAUGCACAAGUGUGCAGAGUGUGGAAAGAAUAAUAAUCAACACCAGAUGGCGCAGUGUGACACCUGUCUCAAGUACUACCACCUAGGUUGUUUGGAUCCACCGCUGACUAGAAUGCCAAAGAAAACCAAGUUGUAUGGGUGGCAGUGCAUGGUGUGCUGUCCCUCGUCGAGCAGCGACGACGACCACACGCCCAAGGUCGACCCGAACGCUCCCCGCCAGCUGCGGCAGAACAUCAAGGAGCCGUCAAAGUUCACGCCGCCGCACCUCUACACGAACAAGACGCUCAUACUGAGACUGGACCAGGAGGAUGGCAAGCUACACGUGAAGAAACCGCCGAAGAAACGGAGGGCGAAGAAGAAGCUGAUCGAGGGGGUCGGAGAGGAGACGGUGGGGAAGGUGGCGGCGGCUAAGAGGAAGGUGGAGACGGUAGAGUUGAACGAGAGCGGUGAGAUGCAGACGAUGCUCGAUGAAACGGCUGAGCUGAACGACGAAAGCAUGGAGAGCCAUGACUCCAAGCUGACGGGUGACGGAGGAGAGAGCUGCAGUCGGCAGCAGCGGCCGAAGCGGCGGCGGAUGAGCUUCGGGCAGCGGACGCCGCGCGACGUGCGGGUCAUGUGCGACAAGUGUGGGGGAGCCGGCAGCAACAGCAACCUCGUCAGGUGCGACGAUGCUGCUUCAAAGUGCUUACCACUAUCCACUUGUCUCGGAUCCUCCUAUCAAAAAGAGUCCAAGCGUGUGCAGGGUUUACUCGUGGGAUUCUAG